CGAACAUCCCUAUUGCAGAAGGUUAAAAAUCGUGGACCAAUACCUAGGUUUUCUUCUUAUAUACCUACCAUGAAUAAAAUUACGAUAUUCUAAGAACGAGGGACAUUCGCGUGAAUCUAUCAAAAUAAAGCUUAAAGAGUUUGUAGAAACAGUAACAAAUACCGUUUGGUAUUUGUAUUUGUAAAUUUGAAAAAUGGCAGAUUCAGUUAAACCUAUGAAAUUGGAAGUGUAUAAUGCUUUUGUGGAAGAUUUCAACAAGCUCACUUCUUACAGCCGCACAGCAGAGAAUGAGAUGAAAAAGAAAUACAAACAUUUGCCUGCAGCAACAUUUGGAAGUUUAUUUUCCAUGUUAGUGCAAAGAGCUAUGAAACAGAGUUACAGGAAAUCACCCUCAAUAUCAAGUAGAUAUUAUGAGCUUUAUGAAACACUAGCAAGUGACAAACAGAAAGGGAAUGUUAUCUCACACUUAGCUGAUACCCAAGGAAUCUGCCCAGCACUAUUUGCUCGGUCGUUGCUACAGAAUGUGUACCCAGACACUGCUAUGGCAAAGAAAUGUAUUAAAGACACCACACUCAUAGAUGACAAAGAUCUGGCAUAUGAAGUGUUUCUGGGUAUUAUGAAUGAUAAUCAGUAUGGACCUUAUGCAGAUGUUAUAAAGCAAUCUAUUGGAUUAGAAUAUGAACUAAAACUGGAAAAUGAGUUGAAGUUAAUGAACAUUACAUUUUCCGAUGAAAAUAUUCUCCGAUCUAGAGGAUAUGAUAAAACACCUGAUUUCAAAUUGGAUGUUCCAAUAGCUGUGGAUGAUUUUAUUAUAAACUGGAUUGAAAGCAAAGCUCUCUUUGGAGAUGAAGAGAAUCAUUCUGGAUACCUGAAAGAACAGCUUACAUGUUACUGGAAUAGAUUUGGACCUGGAAUGGUUAUUUAUUGGUUUGGAUACUUAGAAACUUUAGAAUUAACACCUGAAGUUAAUAAUAUGUUCAUUUUACGAGCUAAUUUUCCACCCAAGGAAAGUAUAACAUUGUAUAAGUAUGAUCCAAUAUAAGUUUUAAUUUUA